AUGGCCGAUUCAGGCAGCUGGCAGCGCUACAACCGAGAUGCUUCAAUAUCUAUUACAGUGUUGGGUGUUGUCUUCGUGGGACUGCGAUUUUCCUCGAGGCAUUUGGGAAAGGUACCUCUGGGCUUAGAGGAUGCGCUGAUUGUGGCCGCGUUGUUUAACUUAUUCAUCAUUUUCGUACUCGACUUAGUGAUGGUAAAAUACGGCCUUGGCCUACACCAAUCCACUAUCCCUAUAGAUGACAUCAUAACCAUCAACAAACUCCUACUCCCCGCAGAAGUAUUCUACUGUACCUCCCUCAUCCUCACCAAAACCUCCAUCUUGGCAAUGUAUCACCGGAUCUUCCACAUCCAUCAGCCCACACGCAUAGCCGUGUACGUCCUGGGAGCGAUCACUAUCAUCAGAGCUGUAUCUCUCAUUAUAGCCUCCAUCUUCCAAUGUAUUCCUGUCGCUCGGGCAUGGGACAAAUCCCUCCCGGGACGGUGCAUUAACCUAAAAGAUACAUUCAUUGCAAAUGAUAUUGUGAAUGCUAUCACUGAUGUGGUCAUUCUGGGGCUUUUGAUCGGCAGAGUAUGGAAAGUGCAGGCUGGGUGGGGGGUUAGAAUUAGUGCAAUAGGGAUGAUUUCUUUGGGGGGCUUUGUGGUUUUCACGAGCAUAUAUCGCAUCAUCACGCUAGUCGAUAUCGACUUUGAUGACUUGACAUAUACUUUGGGCCGAUCGAACGCAUGGUGCGUUAUUGAAGUAUCUUCGGGGAUUAUAUCUGCUUGUCUCCCAACUCUGCGUCCGCUGGCAAGGACUCUGUUUCCCCGAGCGUUCAGCAGAAAGCUUUCCUCUCAAGGACAGGGGAAUUCACGCUAUCCUAAACCAGGGAAUGGUGGGUUAUCAGGUGAUUCUAGCAGAGACAGAGUGUAUAAGAGACCAGAUCUGGGUGUGGAGUCUGAUGGGGAUGAGUACUCAUUGAUAGUGGUUAAGGUGAGAGGGAGAGUCGAAGGAAUCGGGUUUCGAUAG